UACUUUUGCUGUAAACACAGCCUACAAAUGCAGGCUGAAAAGAUGAGGAAGACAGCAACAACCAAUUUGUUCUUGAAAAACGUGCUCUAUAUAUUUGGGCAGUGAAAGCGGCAUAGAUCUUGGACCUGGAUGGCUUUGCAUCGAUGACAUCUUUUGCUCUUGACAACUAGGAAAAUAUUUAUUCACCAUCCUAACUAACAGACAAAGAGAAGAGGUUUGGAAAUGAAACUAGGUUGACACUUAUUCAUUUGAAUGAGCUUAUUUAUAAUGAGUGUCUUUCCUUUCAUGAUAAGCAAUAUCACAUAUACCCACUUCCAUCAAUAGUUACAGAGGAGGAAGGCAAACAGCUCAAAACAAUUUGCUCAUGCUUUUUCCAUUUAAUAUUCAUUUCCUAGCCAAAUCCCAAGAAUGACAGAGGACUGCAUUUUUCUAGAUACAGAACUCAGUGACUUUAUUCUCUGUAAUGUUUCUACUGAUCAACAUACAAAUUUCUCUUUCUCAGGCGAGGACUUGUUUUAUUACAGAUUCCUAUAUGCAAUUCCAGCUAUUUAUGGGAUCAUCAUUUUGAUUGGGCUAGUUGGUAAUAUCACCCUGAUUAAAAUCUUUUGUACAGUAAAGUCCAUGAGAAAUGUCCCUAAUUUGUUUAUUUCCAGUCUGGCUUUUGGAGACUUGCUUCUUUUGAUCACCUGUGUUCCUGUGGAUGCCAGCAGAUAUUUGUCUUCUGAAUGGCUCUUUGGUCGAGUCGGAUGUAAACUUAUCCCUUUUAUUCAGCUUACUUCAGUGGGGGUGUCAGUCUUCACCCUCAUGGCUCUUUCUGCAGACAGGUAUAAAGCCAUAGUGAGACCAAUGGACAUCCAAGCUUCACAUGCCCUGCUGAAGAUUUGUUUGAAAGCCACUACAAUCUGGAUUUUCUCCAUGCUGCUUGCCAUUCCAGAGGCUGUGUUUUCAGACUUGCGUUAUUUCUAUGACAAGGGCACUAAUAAAACAUUUAUUAGUUGCACACCUUACCCACAUACCAAUGAACUGCAUCCAAAAAUUCAAUCCAUGGCUUCUUUUCUCAUCUUUUAUGUAAUCCCAUUAUCUGUUAUUUCAGUAUAUUAUUAUUUCAUCGCAAAAAAACUGAUUCGGAGUGCUUACAGUCUACCAGUGGAAGGAACUAUUCAGGUUAGAAAGCAGAUGGAAUCUCGGAAACGCCUCGCCAAAACAGUACUAGUUUUUGUCUGUAUCUUUGCUUUCUGUUGGCUCCCUAACCACAUCAUCUACUUAUAUCGGUCGUAUCAUUAUUCAGAGGUGGAUACAUCAGUCCUGCACUUUAUCACUUCUCUUUGUGCUCGAAUAUUGGCAUUUAUUAACUCUUGCAUAAAUCCUUUUGCCUUGUACUUGCUCAGCAAAAGUUUUCGGAAACAGUUUAAUCACCAGUUAUCUUGUUAUAAAACCCGUCUUCUCAUUCGAUCCCAGAGUACAGCCAGAAGUACCACCCAGAUGACAUCUUUCAAGAGCACCAACCAGCAGUCCAUGAUCACCUUCAGUUUUAUUAAUGGCAACCACAACUGCCAUGAAGAAAAUGUACAUGAUGUCAAGCAUGUUGGGGCCAGAUGUCUAUCUAUUUGGAUCUGAAAGUUCCACAGGAUCUUGACCUGUUCGUUUUCAAGAACUUUGUCAACUUGGUGUUUCCAGUGACUUUUCAGGCAGUAUUAAUUCAUGGUGUUUUUAAAAAAAGGUGUAAAGAGAAUUGAAUUUACUUGGGUUUGUCUCACUACCUUUCCCCCAUCUGAAUGCAAAAGUAUAUUGCAUAUAAUUUGAAUGUGAAAAGGGGUGCCAAUUCAAUAAAUGGAAGCUUCAUUAUGUUUACAA